GGUGCACACAUACGCACUUUUCGUCAAUUGGCCACCGAUUUGGUCUGCCUGAUUUAGUGCUCAUCGAACUUUCAGCAAAUUGACCCACUCUUCUCGAGAAGCAGUCAAGAGUAUAUCAUAAUGGGUUGUUGUUUUAGCACGAGUAAAUCCGUCGACUUGCCAGCGGUUCCACCGGCUCCGGGAAAACAGCGCUCCACUUUGCCGGAAUUCCCGGGCUCUGGAUCGGUAACCACAUCGGCUCCUGGAGGACCAGGAUCCGGAGGAGCUACCAAUGCAGCCCUGGAGGAUGACUAGAACCGGCUGGAUCAACAAAGAUACGAUUUCGUCGAGGAAAAACUUUUCCAUUUGGCAAAGAUCAUGACUCACCAUUCUCACGACUGGCGGACUCUCCAUAUUCCUGUAGUUAUAAUUGUAUAAAUAUUCCUUUCUUUUUGUUGGACAAUAAAAACUUAAAGCUUAAAUAAAUAAAACUUUAAUUAAUUCGA